AUGAAAUUGUUUUCUUUUUUUUUUCAAGUAGUUAUUGCAAUCAUCAGUAUGUCUAUAUUUGAAACUAAAGAAAGAUCACCUGAAAAGUUAAAUUCUUCUUUAUCUCAGAAAGAAGAUGAUAAUAAUAUCAAUUGUGAAACCAGCUCUCUGGAUUUUGACAUGAUAGGAUUAGAAGGUGAUGAUACUAUAUUACAUGAAAAGAUAAUUCUUUUAAAUAAUGCAAUUGAUGAAAUUGGUUUUACUCCUUAUCAUUUAAAAUUAUUUUUACUUAGUGGAAUGGGUUAUUGCACCGAUUGUAUGUUAAUUUAUUUAGAAUCUUCAGUACGUACAUUUAUUAAUUAUCAAUUUGGUUAUAAAUUUCCAGUUUCAAAUGAAUGCUAUGCAGGUGGUAUGAUUCUUGGUGCAUUAUUUUGGGGGUUUGGUGCUGACUUAAUAGGAAGAAGAUUAGCAUUUAAUUUAUCAUUAAUUUUGAGUGGAAUUUUCACCAUUUUAACAGGUAUGAUGGGUAAUAUGGCUUCUUAUUGUCUAUUUGUUUUGUUAAGUUCUUUUGCUGCUGGAGGCAAUUUGGUUCUUGACACUUGUGUUUUUCUUGAAUAUUUACCACAUAAAGAUCAAUGGUUGUUGACUUUUUUUGCACUUUUCUGGGGUAUUGGUCAAACCAUUGCUGUUUCAUUAGCUUAUGCAUUCUUACCAAAUAAUAGCUGUGACUCAGCUGAAUAUUGUCCUUCUCAUAUCAACCGUGGCUGGAGAUAUGUCUGGUACACUAAUGGUGCUAUCGUUUUAGUCAUGGCUAUAUUAAGAGUGUCUGUAGUUAGAUUGAAAGAAACACCAAAAUUCUUGGUCUCCAAUAAUCGUGACGCUGAAGCUGUUCAAGUGUUACAGGAAAUCGCUGCCAAGUACAACCGUAAAUGCUCAUUGACAUUGGAACAACUUGAAGAUUGUGGUGAAAUUGAAAGCAAUGAUGAUUAUAGGAAACAUUUAAAUCUCAAAGGUACUAUAUUAUUAGUGUUUAAACAUUUGAGAAUCUUAUUUGCUACAAAAAAAUCAACAAGAUCAACUAGUUUGUUGUUUUUCAGCUGGACAUGUUUGGGAAUUUCUUAUCCAUUAUAUCUGUCUUUCCUUCCAGUUUAUUUAGCUACUAGAGGUGCUAACAUUUCCGCUGAUACCAUUGGUGGUGUUUAUCGAGAUAAUCUUAUUGCAAAUGUCUGUUCCAUUGGUGGGCCAAUUAUAGCUGGUCUUUUAUUAUAUUGGGUUCCUCUCUUAGGAAGAAGGGGUGUUAUGUUUAUUGGUGGUGUGACCACAAUGGCUUUGCUAUUCGGAUAUACUGCUGUAAGAACCAGAAGUCAAAAUGUUGGUUUGACAAGUGCUGUUUAUUGCACAUUGUACAUUUAUUAUGCCGUAAUUUAUGCUUAUUCUCCUGAAGUCAUGCCUUCAGCUGCCAGAGCAACCGGUAAUUGUUUGUGUUUGUUUUUCACUAGAGUUGCCACGGCAAUGGUUCCAAUUAUAGCUUAUUAUUCAGAUACAUCUUCUUCGGUGCCUAUUUGGAUCUGUGGAGCAUUUGUUGGUGUCAUUGGUGUUGUUGCUUUAUUCAUGCCUUAUGAACCAAGCAAACAACGUGUUGUAUAA